AACGAGGAAGAGGAGUUCAAAUCAGAGGAGGAAGAGGAGCAGGCCAACAAGGGAGAGGAGAAGGUCCAGGAGGGAGAGCAAGACAACUUCGCACCAUCAUUACGGACAAGAUGUGAGCGACAGUCAUUGACCAUGUCAUUGUCCAUGGCAUGACAAUGGCUGAAGCAGGACUACGAGUCCGUCCAAACCUGAGUAGGUUCACCAUGGCCACCAUUAUCAGGGCAUUCAGACAACACAACAGAGUUGAAAGAAUGCCACAUAGAGGUGGGAGGGUUGCCAUAUUUACAGCGGCACAAGAAACCCUCAUUGUGGAUAUGGUUCGUGAGAACAACCUCAUCAGACUCCGGGAGAUCAGAGACAAAGUCAUUGCCGAUAAUGUCAACUUUGAGAGCAUUGAUGUCAGCUUGGCCACAAUAGACCGAGUUCUCCGGCCCCAAAAGAUGCGGAUGAAACGGGUCUAUAGGGUUCCCUUUGAGCGCAACUCUGCGCGACACAAAGACCUACGUUACGAGUAUGUGCAAGUAUACAUCCAUCUUCACAGUACAGUUAGUGGACAUACUGUGUUGCUCAGUGGCCUACAUUACUUCUGGACAAUACUGUGCUACCUGAUUGACUGUUCUGAACACCUGUGCACUUUCACAUUAUCACAGAGGAUAUUACAGUUGGACGCAAUGGCCAGACCUCAUGAGUACCUCUUCCUGGAUGAGGCUGCUUCAACCUGCAGAAACGAAGGCAAAGAGGCCGUAACAUCAUUGGCCAAAGAGCCAUCACUGAGGUUCCUGGCCAACGGGGGGGUUAUUACUCUUUGUGCGGCCAUGGAGGAGCUAAAAGACAUCCUCCUAGACCGCCAACAACACCAUCCUGGGCCCGCACAUCACAUUUAUGUGAUCAUUUGGGACAAUGUACACUUCCACAAAACAAACCAAAUCAGAGAGUGGUUCACCACCAACAGUAACCACUUUUUAAAUGUCUGUCUGCCACCCUACUCCCCUUUCCUGAACCCUAUAGAGGAGUUCUUCUCAUCGUGGAGAUGGAAGGUUUAUGACAGACAACCAUACACUAGAGAGAACCUCCUAAGGGCAAUGGAGCUGGCCUGUGUUGACAUCCCAGUGGAGGCCUUCCAAGGAUAG